GUAGCGGGAGGAGGGGGGGAAGGAAACCCUCAUGGAAGUAUGAAGGAGAUGGUGGGAGGCUGCUGUGUCUGUUCUGAUGAGCGGGGCUGGGCGGAGAACCCGCUGGUGUACUGCGAUGGACACGGCUGCAAUGUGGCGGUGCACCAAGCUUGUUAUGGAAUUGUCCAGGUUCCUACCGGACCGUGGUUCUGUCGGAAAUGUGAAUCUCAAGAGAGAGCCGCCAGGGUGAGAUGUGAACUGUGUCCCCACAAAGAUGGAGCCCUGAAACGGACCGACAACGGAGGGUGGGCCCACGUUGUCUGUGCUCUGUACAUCCCAGAGGUGCAGUUUGCCAAUGUGCUCACCAUGGAGCCAAUUGUCCUGCAGUAUGUACCCCACGACCGCUUCAACAAGACCUGCUACAUCUGUGAAGAGCAGGGCAGGGAGAGCAAAGCAGCCUCUGGAGCAUGCAUGGCCUGUAAUCGGCAUGGCUGCCGGCAAGCUUUCCAUGUCACCUGUGCCCAGAUGGCUGGCCUCUUAUGUGAAGAGGAAGUCCUAGAAGUCGACAAUGUCAAAUAUUGUGGCUACUGCAAGUACCACUUCAAUAAAAUGAAGACCUCACGUCACUCCGGAGGGAGCUCCUUCAUUGCUGGAAGACGGAGUCGAUCCACGUCCCCUGCUCAAGAGAAGCAUGUAUCCCACCACGAAAGGCCAAAGAAGAGUCGUAAGGACAAGGAAAGACCUAAACAGAAGCACAAAAAACGUCCAGAAUCUCCCACCAGCCUUACGCCAGCCCCAGUGCCCGUCGCUGCAGAAAAGGGCUCCACCAGCCACCAUGAGGGGAGCAAAGAGACCUCAGAGGUCGGGAGAUCGGAGGUGAAAGGCAAGAAGUCCUCAAGCCAUGGCAGCAGCCACAAGGGGAAAAAGACGGGAAGUGGGAAAAGCUCGGCUGGCUUCAGCUCAGCUUCCUCCAGCGGGACCUUCCAGCCUGCAGGCACCUCCUGCAGCUCCUUGCAGUGCUCCCAGGAUUUCGUGACAUUCCCCAAGCUCGAGCAGGACGACGAGAAGUACCGGAAGCCUGUCUCUUCCUCUUCUUCUUCGCACUGCUCCCCUCUGUAUGAAGGCCAGAAGGGGGAUAUCUUUGAGCAGAAGGUGAUCUUCUCAGGCUUUGGGUCCAUCAUGCGCUUCUCCACCUCUGCCGUGAGCCAGCAGCGAGGCCGUGAUGCCUCCCCUGUGGACUACAAGGCCUCGAACCCUGUCAGCGGCCCUUCGGUGGGGAGCAGCGGGGCCACUGGCGGCGGCGGCGGCAGCAGCAGCAGCAGCAGCCACAAGCGCAUGCCGUCCCUCAGCAUGGAAGAGGGAGAGGUGCUGAAAGAAAAGAAGCACAAGGGCAGCAAGAAAAAUAAGCACGGGCCUGGCAGGCCGAAAGGGGGCAAAAGCAAAGAGAUUUUGGGUGCCCAGCUGGCUGGGUCCACGUCUACGUCUUCGUCGCCCUUCUCCGGGGGCUCCCUUGUUAGCUCCAGCAUCAGCAACUCUUCGCGGCCCUUCAGCCACACGGGGAACCUGCCCAGCCUCAGCAUGGAAUCCCCACUGCUGAGUUCAGGGAUCUACACCAGUAACAAGGACCCUAUUUCCCACGGGGGCGGAGUGCUCCGAGCUGUGUGCAGUACACCCCUCUCUUCCAGCCUGCUGGCACACCAGGGUACGUCGUCUCUCCCACAGCUCAACCGGUCUCCCUUUGCUAGCACCAUCCCAGCCUCCUCUUCCUCCUCGGUCUCCACCACGCAGGUGUUCUCACUGGCAGGUUCAACAUUCAGCCUCCCCUCCUCACAUAUUUUUGGAAGCCCCCUCACAUCUGGGCUGUCAAUCAACCCGCUCCUAAAUCAGUCGGAAAGCAGCCGGGCAGAGCCCGACCUGGAGGACUGCGGUUUUGGCUGCCGAGGGACGUCGCCCCAGGAGAGUCUCUCUUCCAUGUCCCCCAUCAGCAGCCUGCCGACCCUCUUUGACCAGACGGUGUCCUGCAGCAGCAGCGGGCAGCUGGAGAAUGUUCCCCAGGCCACCCCAAACAUCGAGCAGCUUCUGGAGAAGCAGGGCAAUGGGGAAGCCGGCGUAAACAUUGUAGAAAUGCUCAAAGCCCUGCACUCGCUGCAGAAGGAGAACCAGCGGCUUCAGGAGCAGAUCAUGACGCUGACAGCCAAGAAGGAGCGUCUGCAGCUCCUCAACGUCCAGCUCUCCGUCCCUUUCCCGGUGGUCACCAGCAGCAACGGCCCAGGCAGCCAGGCCCAGUACAUCCUGCCUCCCAACGUCUGCAACAACGAUUCCCUGAGCAUCAGCAAGAGCCCGCCAUGCAAGAACAGCUUUGGGAUCGAGAACUCGCUCUCCACUUCCUCUGAGGACCCUCAUUCAGGUUGCCCCAGCAGGAGCAGCUCUUCCCUGUCCUUCCACAGCACUCCUCCACCCCUGCCCAUGCUGCAGCAGAGUCCUGCCUCGCUACCCCUGCCCGGGGCGCAGCAGGUGAAUGGCCUGGCCAGGGUGGCAGGCAGCGGGCUGGGGGGAGGCACCGCUGCCAGCCACAGCCUCUCCACGGUGCCCAUGGUGGACGGCCUGAUGGGGACCCUGGCAGGAGGCCAGCAGAUGCCCAUCAACGGGAUCCUGGGGAAUCUGAACGGAGCUCAGGCCGCCCAGCCUCCGAGCGCGCUGACGCAGGCGAGCGGGCCUCCGACCUUGCAGCUCUCCACCAGCCUGAGCAGCGUGCCCAGCCUGAGUCCCCUGACAGAGCAGCAGCGGCACGUCUUGCACCAACACGAACAGCAGCUCCAGCAGCUUCAGCAGCUCCUGACUUCUCAACCGCUUAAUCCGGAGCAGCAGGCCCUGGUGUUCCAGAUGAUGCAGCAAAUCCAGCAGAAGAGGGAGCUGCAGCGGCUGCAGAUGACGAGCUCGUCCCAGCUGUCCAUGAGCAGCCUCCUGGCGGCCACCUCUGCCCCCCUCCUGCACUCCAGCACCAGCGCCCUGAUGACCUCGGCCCCCCAGGCGCCCCCCAGCAGCAGCUCUCUCAUGGCCUCCCUCUCCCCCCAACAGCUCAACCCUAGCAAUGCCCUCCUGGCUCCGCAGGCCACCCCGCCACUCAGCGCUCCUGGGAACAGCCUCAUGGCUUCGGGGACAGGCAUCCCACCUGUCCUUACAGCACAGACUAACCCGUUUCUCAACCUGCAGGCUGAUGGCAACACCCCAAAAGGAACGAGCAUGAAUGAAAAGGGAGCUCCUCUUACCCAGGACAAGGGCUAAGCUCCCCCCUCACCCCGAACAAACCAGCAGCCAACUCCUCUCAGCCAGGGGAAUGUGGCUUUCCACAGUCAGCAACUUUGAUACUGUUAGAGCAAUGAGCACAAGGCUUCCAAGAAGCAUUUCCUGCCGCUGGGCAAUGCCAAGAGGUGCUUUGGAAGACAGUACGUCUCUGACCAAGCCCUGGCAUCGGGAGGAGCGAAGGCGGGGGGCAGCCUGCCGCGCUGGUCUGUGCCACACAUGCUCAAAGUGAAGCUGUGUUUCCACGCAGAGUGGAGGAGAGCUAACACCAGAUGCCUGCCGGUCUCCUCCCUGCCGGGAGCGCAAGCGUGUGUUUACGUGUGUGUAGCCCCCAGGCCGAGGCACUAGAGACCGUCGAGCAUCCUUGGCCAAGACCUUGGUGGAGGGAGGCCCCUCUGCUGAGGACUCUUUUCUGCACAGUGCAGAGGAAUCUGGCAGUGCCCUCGGAGGCAGCACUGGAUGUGCCACGGCUGGGGAAGUGGGACGUGGUGGCAGCGCCUGUGUGGUCUGCUCCUCCCAGAUGGGGAGGCUGAGAAGAAGCCCCGCAGCUGAGGUUUCUCAACUGCUUCUCAUCUGCUGGGCUCUUAGGAGGCCGUUGUCUCUGUAGCCAUCAUACGAUGCCCCUGCACGCCAGCUGGAUCCAUACCCAGCCUGAAAAGACACGAGCGGUGGAGCGAUGGGGAAGGAUUGGUGCUUGGGGAGGUGAAAGCCACCAGCUUCUUUAAAGGACAUUGCCACGUCUGCUCACAAGCUGCUGUUGGGUCGGUGCUGUACGUUUCACGUGAAAAGCACACUCCUGCUCCUCAUGCCGUCUUUCACUCUACUUCCAAGAUUUCCAAAGCCUAAAAUUUCAGCUUGCAAAAAGGGGCCGUAGCCAGUAUUACCCAUAUCGUAGCCAACUUCAGAAGGUGCGGUUUGAACCUGGCACUUGUUUCCUAGGCUAAGCUGGGCGAUAGAAAGGUGUGUGUGUGGAAAAGACAGUCCCAGAUCUGGUACCUGUUCGUUCUUACCCACCACAAAUCAUUCCAGUCUGGCAAAAAAAAACAAACCAAAACAAAAAAAAAAACACAACAAAAACCUACCAACGUUCUUCCACUGGUCUUGGGCACUUGAGAAAAGGGAUCUCCAAGCAAUGGGACAACCUCCCAAGCUAGGACAUCGGACCCUUCGUUGUUUUCCACCUCUUGACCUUAACUCCGUCUUGCAGCCUGGAACCCCAGCAAAGGCAGCGGCUUCCUCUGAGCUGGGAUGCGAUGGAUUGAGUGAAGGACAGGUGGGGCAGCCCUGAGGGAAGGGGAACAUCUACGUCAAACGUACGCGUGCCCCUUUGCCUCAUCCCCUGGCUAAAUGCAGAGCUCUGGUGGGUGGGGGGCAGGCGUGAAGACUCCAGCAAAUAGAAACUCUGAGGGUCUUAAAAAAAAAAAAUAAUAAUAAUAAUAACUGUCAGACCUUAACAAAUAUUUUUCAGCACAUUCCCACUGCCCCUAACUGGUUUGCACUAUUCAAAUUUGUCAGCAGUGGGGCUGUGCUGAUAGUACUAGGAAAGCUUGUGACAGGCAAAACUCAUCUGCUAAAUCUUUCAUCCUUUUUCUGUUUCGUUAUUUUUGUUUGGAGGAUUAUCACCACAGUGGUUGGAUAAGGCUAAAACAAAAGGAAGAACCUUUUUGAUCUCAGCCUCUAGUUCUGUGAACUGGGUAGAACACUGCUGUCUGCUCAGAAAUAUAUAUAUUAUAUAUAUAUAUAUAUAAUUUUUUUUUAAUACAGAAAAGCUAAUGUUUUAACAAGGUU